UUUUCACGAGAGUGGAGAGAAAUUUGGUAGCAGUGUAUUCAUGGCGACGAACACCGGCAUGGACGAAGACGAGGAAUUCGUAACUCUAAGGUGUAUGGAAGACGACGUUGAAGAUGACGCGGAAGAUGUGAUUUCCAUUUCAACCGCUGAGAUUUACAAAUGGGACUUGACUUCCAUUCUCACUCACAGAAUCGUCCAAAUCAAAGCCAAUCGAAACAGGAUCAUUCAAAUGUCUUCCUAUUUUAGCGGUCUCUUAUCUGGAAGCUUUAGUGAAUCUUGCCUGGAUUUGGUAUCAAUUCAUUGGAACGCACAAUCAUUUUUGAGUGUUUUGAGGUUCAUGUUUGGAUAUUAUGUGGAGAUCACCUCUGAUAAUUUUAUUCUUCUCUAUGAGGCUGCUCUAUUUUUUGGAGUGGAAUCGCUGCUCUUGCAAUGUCAGCUUUGGUUGAGGGAAGUAACAUCUUCCAAGGACCCAUUGACUCCAAAACUACAAGUAGAUGCUUUGAUCCGUGUUUGGAAGUAUGGUGUAGAGCAUGCAAAUGAUUUGAUUCUACAUCUUUGCACGAGUUAUCUAGCAAGGAACCUCAAGUGGGCAAUGUUGUGUGACUCUUUUUUGGAUGUUCCUUACCAGUUACUGAAUACAUGCAUUCAACAUCCCGAAUUGACCAUAGAUAGCGAGAAAUUUCUGUGUGAUGCCAUUCUUCUCUGGCUUGCUGCUAACAUCCGAAAAAACGCUAUUGAAGAUGGUUGCACUGGCAUGUUGCGACAGAUACGGUGUAAUUGUUUGCCUCUGUGGUUUCUUGCUGGUAAAAGAAGAUGCUGCUUCUUUGCAGAGUUUGCUGAUGAAAACAUUGAUGCUAUCCUUCAGCUAGCUGGACAUCCUUCUAUCGAUGUGGGAAACAUAUGUGCAGAUUGUGAUUUGAGUUGUAUGCAAAUUCGAUUAACAGAAUUUACUAAGAAGGUGGAUCUUUCAGGUUGCCCGCAAAUUAGGCCUAUUCUGCUCUUGUCAUUACUUCCUCCUCUAUACAGCAGGGAUAUAAUGGAAAGAAAAAAAUUUAAGCGACCUUUGCUCAACCUUCAAUAUCUCAAUGUGGAUCACUUGCCAACUUUGACUUUUGAAGCUGUAGAAGAGGUGGAUAUUUCAAAUUGUCCAAUGCUGGAUCUUGAGGAUGCUCUCAAGUGCUUCUCCAAGUCCUUUCCAUCCUUGAGGAAGCUAAGGGCGGUAAAUUAUGUAGACUUUGGAACUGAGAAGUUGAUUCGCUUGUUGGCAAGAUUUCCCCUUCUGUGCAACAUUGACCUAACAGUGGAUGUUAGCCCUCUUAUACCUGCAAAAGUAUCCGUUGUAUCUUCACAACCUGCUCUAUCUCCCCUAGGAUCAAGAGAGUUCCCAAAUGAUGAUCACUGCCCUUGGGAUGCCUCGUUGAGUAACAUGUCCAGACGACAACUUUCAAAUAUCACAAGGCUCACAUUGCAGGGCAGAAGUGAUAUUGCUGAUUCUGACCUGCGUAAGAUCACCAAAUCAUGUGCAUCCCUCUGUUACCUUAACCUUAAUGGUUGUAUGUCAGUAACAGAUUCUGGCAUAUCUUUUGUAAUACUAAACUGCAUUUUGCUUCGCUCAAUCUUGGCUUGUGAUACUUAUUUUGGGCAAGAAUCAAUCUCGGCGCUUUGUUCUGGUGUUCACAACCUUGAGGACCAUGUAGAGCCACAAGCUAAAAAACCCUUGCACUCGUUUGCUUCUAAGUUCCAUACUCUACAUAUAGGUGGCUGCAUGGGGGUCAGUGAAGCAUCUCUUUCAGAACUUCUAUCUCAAACUCUUAUGAUAAAGAGUGUAUCUUUAAGGGAAACCCACCUUGUGGAUGAUGCUCUCAAUCGCUUUCCAGGAUGUUCCUUGGAGAUGCUAGAUAUUUCUGAAACCAAGGUUUCUAGCCUUGCUCUGGCUCACUUAAUCCAUCGAAAUCCUGGUCUGAAAUGCCUGAAAGCAAGAGGCUGUAAGCAUUUGUCACUGAAUUUUAUGGAUGCUGAAGGCAGAGAGCCUUCUAACUUGGCAUAUAGUUCGACAGAGUUGCAUUCUGAACUUGGCAAGUCGUGCCAGUUGGAGGAAAUUGCAGUUGGAUGGGGAUUUUCAUUCUUUUCUUUGGAGAGCUUGAAACCUGCAAUUAGAUCACUACGGACAUUGGUAGUUGGUUUAGGUGGGUCCUUGGGGCAUGAUGGGCUCAGACUCUUACCUGCUUUCUCUCCUUUGUUAGAAACGCUGAUGAUUUAUUUCCAGGUGAUAUCUGACUCUCUUGUCAUCAACAUUAUGAAAACCCUUAGAAAACUGCAAGUACUGGCUCUCUGCUAUUGCUUUGGUCAGAUUUCCUCACUAAGCUUUCAGAUCAGCAUGCCAAAUUUGAGGAAUUUGAAACUUGAAAGGGUUGCAGCUUGGAUGACGAAUACUGACUUAAUUAUUCUGACUCAAAAUUGUCCAAAUUUGGUUGAUCUUUCAUUGCUUGGAUGCAGACUUCUUAAUCCAGAAUCCCAAGAUAUCAUUUCAUGUGGCUGGCCAGGUUUGAUCUCUCUGCAUCUUGAGGACUGUGGGGAAGUAACAGCCCAUGGUGUUUCAUCUCUUAUGAACUGUCGAGCCCUUGAAGAUCUCUUGCUACGUCAUACUGGCACUGGAAUUCCCAAAAACUUUAUUGUUCUUAUGGCUUCAGAGAUGCCAAUGCUUCGGAAAAUGUCACUUGAUAUUUGUGAUGCGAGGUACGGUGACUUUGACAUUCCAGAUUUUUCUGACAGGUGCUUCUUGAGCUAUGUGAAGAUAGCAAGGUGUAAACUUCAAAGGUGCAGUUUAGACCUCCACAAGUUGGAUAUUCAUAAGACACCUGUACAUAAAGAAACAUUAUUACUGGUCUGGGAUAGCAAGAAACUUACUAGAGCGGUAAUCAAAGAAAGGCUCUAGUUAUUGAAGGAAGGAAAAAAGAUGAGUGAUAGAAGGUGGAAGAAAAAAUAGAUUUUUGGGAUUUUUUUUACACCCCCAUGGCUCAUCCCGCCAAAAUCAGAAUUUUUUUGUCCUAGAUCAUUCAUUCCAUUCCACUGAAUUUGGCCAGCCUUUAACUCAGUAUGUUUUAUAGUCACUUUGACAAUUGAUAUCCUAAAUCUUAUUUCUUA